GCUUACAAAAUGUCGGAAUGUCGGUUUAGCAAAAUAAUCAAAUAAAAAUAUAAACAGCUAAUAAUUUUUAUGUGAUUUAUUUAUAAAUUCUGUGUUUUAUGUAAGUGGCGGACACAAGGCUUAAAGCAUAUCACUCAGUCGAGGCAAUGAAUCUUAGAUCUUCUAAACUAAGUAUGAACGUAAAUUAAUGGAUACUCCUUCGACCAGUGUAAGCGGAGCCAUGGGGAGAUCAACCAAAAAAAAGAAAGUGCCCGAUAGGAAGAAAACCGGCACUACUGAUAGUAGGGACUCCGCUCGCACACCUCCUACCUUGAUCAAAGUGAAUAGCUGGAUGAGCACCAUAGAAGUAGACAGCAACAGAAGCAGCCCAGAUUUUCCUGGAUUCGACAACGAAAACGAUCCUCCUUACAACUUAAUUUCAAAUACCUAUUUCCUAAAGGACAAAGACGAACUGGAACAGUAUUACACCAUCUCGGAUUCUAUUUCUGAAAUCUCGGUAAAUAAAAUUUUCAUGGACUUGAGUCCUGGAACAAGGCGACGCAAAUUUUCUAAUAUAAUCGAACAGGACCUCGACAAUUGCGACAUUGUAUUGCCAAGUCCUGAAAAUGAGAAUAAAAAGGAGUUUUGUAAGUAUUUGCAACUAAUGAAGCCUACUGAUAAGAAAAAAAGCGUUAUUAUUGUACAAAAUAGACAUUCGAAGAGAAUUAAGAAUUUGUCCCAGCAGGAGCUGGAGAAAAAAUCAAGAACAUUGAUUUCUGAUCAAGAAAAUGAUUCAAUUAAUAAAUCUGAAGAGAAAUUACUAGAGCAUAAAGCCCCUUAUACAUACAGUUUUCCUAAACCGCCUGACAAAAUUGAUGUUAUUGAUUUUGAUGGAAUUGCAGAAGAAAAUUGGUUCAAAGAGUUGGCAAAUAGAAAACCAAAGAGAACUGCAGUAAAACGGAAAUCAAAUGUUUCUGUAGAAGAUUUAAUGUCAGCUGAAUUCUCAGAGGCAGAAAAGGAAACAAAUAUUCCAGCUAGAACAGAAGAAGAACUAUUUGAUUCAAAUGAGAAUAGAAGUAAAUCCAGAGGACCUGCAAUUAAAAGAAAUUCAGUUGUUAAAAGUGAAUCGGGAAGUUUGGCCACGAAGAAAAGAAAUUCAGUUGGUAAAAGUGAAUCUGGAAGUUCUGCCAUGACAAAAAGAAAUUCAGUUGAUGCAUUAAUAGAUUCCGUUAUUAAAAGUAAAUCUAAUAGGAGGGCCAAGAGUAAUAAAAGGCUUAAUGGUGCUCAGAAUAAAAAUGGUUUAAAUGGAAAAGCCAAAGAAAUUGAAGAAAAUGAUUUAAUCAACAUUAAAACUCGGUCCAUGGAGCCUAUAAUCAAUAACAAUGAAAUUAAGGAUAUAACACAAACUGCUAAGACAAAUAAUCAGGCUUUGAUUAAUCAACCAGCAAAAGUAGGAAAGAGAAAGGCAAACAAUUCAAAACAAGCAUCUAAGGUGAAAGGUCCAGGCUUCAAAAUAAGACUUUCUUCUGCCAAAAGAGGAAGAAACACUAAUUCCAAUACUUCAACAAAAUCUGCCCCUAAACCCAGGCAAGCAAAAAGAAAGAAGAAUAAUUCAGCAAUAAAUGAGAAAGAUUUUGACAUUGGAACCAAUGCUAUACAAGAACACAUAAACUUGUUAAAAAAACCAGAAAAUCCUGCGGAAAUAUAUUUGUCGGAAAGCAGUUGUUCUGAGGUUGAACCUGAAACUUCAUUUGGAUCACAAUUGAAAAACUGGACUAGAAAAAACUCAAACUUAACAAUAAAAAAGAUUUGUAUUCACGAAUCUGAUCCGCCUUCAACGGCAAAUAAAUCUUUGGAGAGGCACGACAGCGCUAUACAAACAGACCCGGAAGUACAACAUGAAUUUCACUCACAAAUUCUCAACAUUCAAAAAACUUCUGAUGAAGACUCGGAAGAAGAAUUAUCUGAAAAGUCAAGUUCACCUCCAGCAUCUGACCAGUUUACUGAUUACGCCAAACAGCAAACAGAAGACGCGAAAUGGAUCAACACUAAAAAGCAACUGGAAAAUCAAAAUUCAAUCACUGUAAAUACGGGGCAAGGUCCAAUAUUGAAGAUUUUUUAUGUGGAUUUUGAUUUGGUACUUUGUCAGGAGUUGUUGGUGUCGUUUUGGUAUCAGUCAGCACCUGGAAACGUUUUAGGCGCUCAGGAUAUGUGGACGAGCAAAGGCAGCAUCCAAAGGCAACCGAUGCCCAACAAUUGCACCCUCAAAGAAUCCUUGGAAAUGGUCGCCUGCAGCUAUUUCAGUUUGGCGUACAUCGAACUGUGGACCAAAGAGCACGAGAACUAUCAGCAAGAAGUUCCCGUCACAAAUGUUUACGCUGUAGUCUAUUUUUGGAUGAAACAAUAUAACGGAUUGGUGAAAAAGGUGUUGCAACUUGGAAAUAUUAAUGGAUUUGCAGAUGAUAUUCAAUAUUCCAUUGUCAAAUCUUCACCAAAAAUCGUGGUGAGCUGGCAUUUUACUGGAAACGAAAUGAAUAGGAAAAAAACCUAUGUUUACUGUUAUCAAGUGGCGUCAGAUUUUCAAUCUAUAUGCAAUGUUGAUAAAUUUGAAGCCGUGGAUCAUUAUGUUUCGUCACUGCACAAUAUUGAAGGUUGUGACACAUUAAUCAUGGGCUGUGGGGAAAACAAAAUCACCCUUUGGAAUAUCGAAGGCGGUCGUUUGGCAGCUACCAUUGAAAUGACCGAAAUAAAGUCUCCACUUGCCACUCUAUGGGUCAAAUGCGAUAGGGGAUUUUUAUUCACAUUGCAACAAUGCGUGGACAGGGAAUUGAGACUGAUUGCUAUACACAGCAUGAACCAUUCUUGGAAGAGAUUGGCUAGUUAUAAACCACCUCUUGUUUAUGACAGAUUAAAAGGUGUCUGUGUGGAAAACGGUGUAGUUUUAGGCUUCUACGACCAAGGCAUUGUUUGUUGGAAUGCCAAAACCGCAGAAAUCGUAGUGGAAAAUGCGGGGCGCACGGAAACUGAAUAUAUUUCUGGUAAUUACUUAAUAAGUGUUGCCGGUAAUGAAGUUAACGUCCAACACGCCUUUACCAGUUUACUGAAAUUAGGAUAUUGGAACUAAAUUGUUUUGAUUAUUAGUUGUAAGUUGUUUAAAAGUGAGUUGAGAAUUUGGAAUGAUGCACUAUAAAAGUAGCAACUUCACAAAUUUGUUUUUAUUUCUAGUAUACUGUACUGGAUCAUUUUAGGUUGUACCUCAUUGUUAAUAUUUGUUCAAAAUGUAGAAAAUCUAUUUAUUUUCUAAGUCCCAGAUUUUAUUAGAAUUUUAAAUGUUUUUCGUUGUUCCAAUGUUUUGUAAUUUUUGUAGUUAGAACAAAUCGUUUAAUUUUUUUCCUAUUGGUGUUAUUUGCCCUCCAAAAAACUUUAAUAAAUUUUUCAAAUUAGUACAAAUCGGAUUAAUAUAUUUUAAUAAAUUAUUGUAUGCGCUGUGAUUGUCAAACAAUUGAGUGUAAAUAAAGUUAUUAAGGGUUUCAUGUGCAAAAUAUUUUUGAGAUUUUUGUGCAGAUGUCUCUUCUUUUGUACUAAUAAUAAUUUAUCAAAAAUAAUAUAACCGUUAACACAUUUAAUGAGGUUGUUUUUUUAAAUCAAUAUCAUUAAAAACCAACUAUUAUUGUAAAUAUGUAAAAAUCGAUUUGGUUCCUGGUGGAACACCCUUUAUAUUGCUUAUAUCUACA